GCCGGGGCCGGGGCCGGGGCCGGGGCCGGGCGGCGGGGGCGUUGCACGGAGAGGCAGCGGCGGAGCCAAUGCGCAGGAAGGGGCCGAGCAUGUGGGGAGAGGUUGUUUACAGCAGCCCGGCCCCGGGAGCUUUAACCCGGCCGGCGGCGAGGCGAGGCUCGGAGCGCGGCUCCGCGCCAUGGCCGCCGCGCUUUCGCGCCGCCUGGGGAAGCGCUCCCUGCUGGGCGCCCGCCUUCCGGAACCUUCCCCGCCCCGGGACGGCACGCCCGGAUCCGCCGCUGCUGGAUUCCCGAAUCCCGGAUCCCCCAAAGCCAGAUUCCCAAAUCCCGGAUCUCCUGGUGCUGGAUCGCCCAAUCCCGGAUCUCCCGCUGUUGGAUUCCUGAAUCCUGGAUCCCCUGGUGCUGGAUUCCUGAAUCCCGGAUCUCCCAGUCCUGGAUUCCCCAAUCCCAGAUCUCCAAAUCCCGGAUCCCCCAGUGCUCGAUUCCCUAAUCCUGGAUCCCCCAAUCCUGGAUGCACCAGUGCCGGAUUCCCCAAUCUGGGAUCCCCCAAAGCUGGAUUCCCAAAUCCCGGAUUCCCAAAUCCUGGAUCCCCCAAUCCCAGAUCUCCCAAUCCCGGAUCCCCCAAUCCCAGAUCCCUCAAUCCCGGAUUUCCCAGUCCUGGAUCCCCCAAUCCCGGAUCCUUCAAUCCCGGAUUCCCCAAUCCCGGAUCCCCCGAUCACAGAUCCCCCAAUCCUGGAUCCCUCAAUCCCGGAUUCCCAAAUCCUGGAUCCUCCAAAGCCAGAUCCCCCAAUCCCGGAUUCCCAAAUCCUGGAUUCCUCAAUCCCGGAUCCCCCGAUCCCGGAUCCCCCAGUCCCAGAUUCCUGAAUCCCGGAAGCCUCCGGCAGCUCCACGAUCAGCAGGUGUUCCUCAGUUCCCUGGAUGAGCAGAUCCCAGGAUUCCCGGCAUGCUGGAGGGCGCAGGACCCGCUCCAAGCCCCGUCCCUGCCCGCUCCCGGCAUUCCCGAGAGAUCCGUGUCCAGCAGCAUCGACGUUCCCAAAAGGCGGCCGGCGGCGGUGGAGAUGGACGAGAUGGUGGCGGCGCUGGUGCUGACCAGCCUGUCCUGCAGCCCCGCCCUGCGCAGCCCCCCCUCGCAGGCGGCCGGUGACCCCUGGAAGGACAGCGGGGACAUUUCGGACAGCGGCAGCAGCACCACCAGCGGCCACUGGAGCAGCGCUGGCAGUGCCACCGCGUCCCCUCCGCACUGUCCCGGCAGUGCCACCGCGUCCCCUCCUCAUUAUCCUGGCAGUGCCACCGCGUCCCCUCCUCAUUACCCUGGCAGUGCCACCGCGUCCCCUCCUCAUUACCCUGGCAGUGCCACCGCGUCCCCUCCGCACUGUCCCGGCAGUGCCACUGCGUCCCCUCCUCAUUACCCUGGCAGUGCCACCGCGUCCCCUCCCUGCCGUGCCGGCAGUGUCACCUUGUCCCCUCUGAGCGAUGACGGCUUCGACACCGACCCCGAGCCCCCGGCGCCGGAGGAGCCCGCGCCGCGCCGCAGGAAGGGCUCGGCCAGGCUGCUGUUCAAGUGCCUGUGGCCCGGCUGCGGCAAAGUGCUGCGCUCCGGCGUCGGCAUCAAGCGCCACGUGCGCACCCGGCACCUGGGGGAUGGCUCGGAGCGUGAGGAGGAUUUCUAUUUCACGGAGCUGCGCGUGCCCGAGGAGCCGCCCCCGGAGCUGCCACCGCCCGCUGUCCCCGCUGUCCCCGCUGUCCCCGCUGUCCCCAGCGCUGUCCCCGCUGUCCCCAGCGCUGUCCCCGGUGCCAGCGGGGCCGUGUCCUGCUCUGUCCCCAUCGUGGUCCAGCCCGGCCCCGGCCAGCCCGGCCUGAGCCACUCGGCCCCCGGCUCCUUCUGGCACAUCCAGGCCGACCACGCCUACCAGGCUCUGCCCUCCAUCCAGAUCCCGGUGUCCCCCCACAUCUUCACCAGCAUCAGCUGGGCCGCUGCCACCUCCCCCUCCUUUUUCCUCUCUCAGGCGCGGAGCCGCUCCCUCAGCCUCAGCGACCCUCAGCCCCCUCAGCCGCCGCCAUUGCUGCCGCCCCGGCUCCUCGUGGCCUCCCCGCCCCGCGCCUCCCUCAGCACCAGAAAAACCCGCGGCGAAGCCAAGAAAUGCCGCAAGGUUUACGGCAUCGAGCACCGGGAGCAGUGGUGCACGGCGUGCCGCUGGAAAAAGGCCUGCCAGCGCUUCCUGGACUGAAUUUCACUGCCCCGUUCCCCCGUGCCCACCUGGCAUUCCCUCAGGAAUCUGGGAAUUCCCUCAGGAGUCUGGGAAUUCCCUCAGGAAUUUGGGAAUUCCCUCAGAAAUCCGGGAGUCCUUCGUUGCUGCGAGUGGAGACUGAAUUUCGCUGCCGUAUUCCUCUUUUCCCGCCCAAAUUCCCUCAGAAAUCUGGGAAUUCCCUCAUAAAUUUGGGAAUGUCCUCAGGAAUUUCCUCAUUGCUGCAAGCAGGGACUGAAUUCCGCCCCAUUGUUCCCCUUUUCCCACCGAAAUUCCCUCAGAAAUCUGGGAAUUCCCUCAGAAAUUUGAGAAUUCCCUCAUUGCUGCAAGCGGGGACUGAAUUUCGCCUCUCUCCUUCCCUUUUCCACCUGGAAUUCCCUCAGAAAUCUGGGAAUUCCCUCAGAAAUUUGGGAAUUUCCUCAGGAAUUUUCUCAUUGCUGCAAGCAGGGACUGAAUUCCACCCCCCUAUUCCCCUUUUCCCACCUGGAAUUCCCUCAGAAGUCUGGGAAUUCCCUCAUAAAUGUGGGAAUUUCCUCAGGAAUUUCCUCAUUGCUGCAAGCAGGGACUGAAUUCCGCCCCAUUAUUCUCCUUUUCCCACCGAAAUUCCCUCAGAAAUCUGGGAAUUCCCUCAGAAAUCUGAGAAUUCCCUCAGAAAUCUGGGAACUCCCUCAGAAAUCUGGGAAAUCCCUCAGAAAUUUGGGAAUUUCCUCAGGAAUUUCCUCAUUGCUGCAAGCAGGGACUGAAUUCCGCCCCAUUAUUCUCCUUUUCCCACCGAAAUUCCCUCAGAAAUCUGGGAAUUCCCUCAGAAAUCUGGGAAUUUCCUCAUUGCUGCAAGCGGGGACUGAAUUUUGCCUCUCUCCUUCCCUUUUCUACCUGGAAUUCCCUCAGAAAUCUGGGAAUUCCCUCAGAAAUGUGGGAAUUUCCUCAGGAAUUUCCUCAUUCCUGAAAACAGGGACUGAAUUCCGCCCCGCUUAUUCAUAACCCUUUUCCCACCGAAAUUCCCUCAGGAAUCAGGGAAUUUUCUCAUUGCUGUGAGCAAUGAGAUUUUGCCUCCUUAUUCCCAUUUUCCCACCUGGAAUUCCCUCAGAAAUCUGGGAAUUCCCUCAGAAAUCUGGGAAUUUCCUCAGGAAUCUGGGAAUUUCCUCAUUGCUGUGAGCAGAGACUGAAUUUCACCUCCAUAUUCUCCUUUUCCCACCUGAAUUCCCUCAGGAAUUUGGGAAUUCCCUCAGGAAAUCCCUCAGAAAUUCGGGAAUUUCCUCAGAAAUUUGGGAAUUUCCUCGGGAAUUUAGGAAUUUCCUCGGGAAUUUAGGAAUUUCCUCAUUGCUGCAAGCAGACACUGAAUUCCAUCCCAUUAUUUCCCUUUUCCCACCCAGAUUCCUUCAGAAAUCUGGGAAUUCCCUCAGGAAAUCUCUCAGAAAUCUAGGAAUUCCCUGGGAAAUUUGGGAAUUUUAAUUUAAAAAUUCCCAUUUUUCCCACUUUUCAACCUGAUCAAUUCCCCGUGGCAUCAGCAAAAGAGGAAAUUUUGUCCUGAGUGCUUUGAGGACCCAAAAUUUUCCCGAAUUUCCCAGAUUUGCUGGAAAAUGCCCCAAAAAUGGGACAAGG